AUGUCGUCCCCUUAUGAUCCGAGAAAGAGAGACAGCGGGGCAGAGGAGCAGCAAAUAGAGAGGCGAGGAGCGCCGGAGGCGGCAGCGAUUGCGGAGGAUCGAGGAGCAUCGGCUAGAUGCUCGAUCGACGGCGGAGAUGUGAGAAAGCAGACCAGCGGUGUGAAUCAGCCUGCAUCGCGCACUAGCAGCGGAAGGUCGGAAAGCCGCGCGGAAAUCCUCCCCCGCAGCGGAAGCGGAAGCUUUCAGGGGGAGACGGGGCUUGUGCGGAGCGCAAGCAAGGGCGAGGACGUGGCGGCGCACGGAAACGCGCUUGCGCUGGUCCCCGUGGGCGGAGGGUGGGGGGAGAUGCUGAACCAGGGUGCUCUGUCCUUCUUCAAAUUGGACGGUCCAGAUAAGGCCAUCGUGCUUCACGAGCUGCAGCGGCGGCCGGGCGCGCGACUGAUCGGCGACGAGAUUCGUCGCUACGUGCGAAUCGAGCGCGAGAACGGCGUGCUGGCGACGUCGCUGGGCGUGCUGGGCGACAGAACGCCGCACGGGCAGAUCGAGCUCCACGUGUCAACCAUCCGCGCGAGCACGACGGACAACCGAAAGUUUUACGUGUUUGGGCACAGAACGCUGGGGCUUAGGACGGAAUCCAAAGCGGGGCGGGCGCUUUGGAUGGAAGCCAUAGAAAACGCGCGCGUGAACCUAAUUAAGAGGCUCCACGCGGCGCCGAAUAAGGUGGACGUGUCGUCGCACGUGUGCUUCGACGCGGUUAGGGCGUACAUGCAGCGGAGCGGGGUGGAAGAGGAGGUUAUAAGUGGCGUGGAGGAGAUGGUUCGGCGGAAGGUGGUGGUACGUCUAGAGACUAAGUUAAGGGAGGAGCAGAGGAAGCGGCUGCAGCUGCUGACGCUGCUGCGGCAACUCGAGGCGGAGAAGGUGGAGCUGGAAACGGCAGUGGUGGACGAGAAGAGGCAGCAGGGCCAACCCAGCAGCAGCGCCAUGCUUCUGGGCGAGGAGGACGACGAUGCAGACAGCACGUUCAACGACGACGAUGGGGACGACGAGGGCGACGACGACCCAGGCGCGCGAGGCGGCGGGGGGGCGCGGAAGGAGCCGCGGCUGACGUCGACGGUGCGGGACACGGACGAGGACGAGGGGGACACGGACAGUGACUGUAACGACGAGUUUUACGAGGCGAUGACGGAGUUUGCUGGACAGGGCAUGGUGAAACGCGUGCUGGAUAUCGAAGAGGUGGGGUUCAGCUACCCGCACGUGCCUCGGAGAUCAAAACUCCCCGACCCGGAGGAGGAGGAGAAGCCGCUGAGCCUGUGGUCCGUGCUCAAGGAGUGCAUGGGCAAGGACAUGUUCAAGGUCUCCCUGCCUGUCAGCUUCAACGAGCCGCUCAGCUCGAGCCAGAAAUACCUCGAGAUGCUCGAAUACUCGUGGCUGCUGGAUAGAGCUGCGGAGUACGGCCGAAGGGGCAACCGGUUGAUGAGAGCAGCACAUGUGGCGGCAUUCGCAGUCUCACGAUAUUCAGGCAACGAUGGGCGCAUGCACAAGCCCUUCAAUCCGCUCCUGGGGGAGACCACCGAAGGGGACUACCCUGACAAGGGCAUCCGUUACAUUUCAGAGUCGGUGGUGCACUAUCCGCCAAUGAUAGCCUGGCACGUGGACGGCACAGGGUGGAAGUUCUGGGGUGACGUGUGCCCCAAGAUUCGAUUCUGGGGGCCGUCCAUCCAGCUGGACCCUGUGGGCGUGCUGACUGUGCAGUUUGACGACGGGGAGACGUACGAGUGGAGCAAUGUGACCGUGCUGAUUCAGAACCUCAUUCUGGGGAAGCCCUUUGUGGAGCACUAUGGCACCAUGCGCAUCAAGGGCAACCGUGGGUACUCUGCCCGCCUGCGCUUCAAAGAGCGCUCCACCUUUGAUAGGAACCCGCACCAGGUGCGGGGGCUGGUGCAGAACGAGGCAGGGGACGAGCAGGGGACGCUGAUGGGGCGGUGGGACCAGCACAUGCACUAUGUGCCGGGGGAUCUGACGAGCAAGACAGCCAAGGAGGAGAGCGAGGUGCUGGCCACGGCGCAGCUCAUCUGGAAGAAGAACCCCGUGCCGCCCAACACCAAGUACAAGUUCACGCCCUUCACCAUCACGCUCAACGAGCUCACCCCCUCGCUCAAGGAAUGUCUGCCCCCCACGGACUCGCGGCUGAGGGAGGAUCAGAGGGCUCUGGAGGAGGGGCGGUACGACUUUGCCAACCAGGAGAAGUGCCGCCUCGAGCAGCGCCAGCGCAAGGCGCUCAAAGACGGGGAACCAGGAUGGGGCCCACGGUGGUUCAAGCCCUCGGGGCCCAACAACACAUGGCGGUACACUGGCGGUUACUGGGAGCGGCGGGAGAAGCGGGACUGGUCCGGUGUGCUGGACAUGUUUGCACCAGAGGAGUCCGAUGGCGAUGCUAACAAGGCGUAG